CUAAGCCAACUGCAGCUCAUCCCAAAUUCAUUCCUUCAACUCCUUCUCUAUUCAGUGAACAACAACUGACAAUGGAGAGAACAUCAAAACUUGUGCUUGUCACAGUACUAGUGCUGCUUCUUUCUGAAGCACACAUCUCAUUUGCUGCCACAUGCAGUCCAGUUCAGUUGAGUCCUUGCCUAGGUGCUAUCAGAUCAUCAACACCACCAUCUAAACUCUGCUGCAGCAAGAUCAAGCAACAAAAGCCAUGCCUCUGCCAAUAUCUCAAGAACCCAAAUCUAAAGAAGUAUGUCAACUCUCCUGCUGCCAAGAAAGUUGCUCGCACUUGUGGGGUUCCAUACCCCAGAUGUUAAAAGAAAUAAAGAAUUACACUUCCUAUAUUGAUUAGGGAGUGAAACCUGAGACUAUAUUUCAUAUGAACCUAUCAACAUUAAUAUCUCUCUUUUCAUGUUCAGUGCGCUCUUGAAUGAAAAGAGAUGAAUUCUAUCUGCUUUGUUCUAAUUUUAGUACUCUCUGUCUGCACCAGUCCUAUACUAGGUGUUCUACUAUUUACAUGAAAUAAAAGUACGGAAUAGCAGUAUUUAUCUAAUUGGUCCUCGUAAUCUUGGCUGUCACUUGGAAUGCAAAUAUAUUGCUGUAUUAACUUAUUAGUUUUCAGCUCGA